CAUAACGACGUAGACCGGCCUCCGAGUCGGUCACAAAAUUUUUCUACACUUUCUACACUUUUUGGUUUUUCUCCUCUCCCCCACCCAAAAAAAAAAAAGUGAAAAAAUUUAAAAAAAAAAAUAAAAUAGAAGGUACAUGGUUGAAGUUCGCCAACCAUGCCUUACAAGAUUCGGACACUGCCGCAACAGCGUAGUUUGGUACCCAAUCUGCUACGAUCUAUUCUACACGUCCUGGAGGAAACCCGUCGACCCAUGACCGACACGGAGCUGUACUUCGUCCUGGGUAACCAGUAUAAGCGCAACGAUACAGACUUCUAUCGUCAGGUCAAACUCUAUCUGAACGAUGCCGUGGAAUAUGGCAUACUGAAGCGUCAAAGGAACCUCUUCUCCCUGCGCUCUCGUCGUCUGGGCGAACUGUUAGGCGCUCUAGGACCUACGACGACACACCGCUGAUUGGGCACCCUAUACUGACCACUUAACUCUACGCGAUGGGAUCAGAACACUCCAAGAACAAGAAAAGAAAAGCAUUAAGCCCGAAACUUUACUUUAAAGAUGUUGAAAUACACUGAAUAAGAUUCA